AUGUCCAACUUAUAUGGCCAUAGAGAACAACAGAACAACCAGCGGUUCGAUGACUUGUCACACACGCUCAGUCUAUUUCGAGAAACAGUCGAUCGCGACAUAAACGGACGUGUGCAGCAAGAAAUGCUGACCCUUGAUCUUCUAAACGACAAUUUCAGCAACUUGUGGCUGAAAGUGCGUCGAACCAGCGGAGAUUUACAAACUGUUAUGACCAGAAAUGCCAGUUUGACUAGAAUUGUUGGGAUUAUACUCGUGCUUUUCAUUGUUAUAUGGACACUCUACCACCUCAGAUAA